UUGGGGACUCCAAAUCCCAGGAGACACUGCGAUUGAGUUCCAGCUCCACCGUUGCCAUAGAUACACUCGCUAUCCAAGUGACUAGCACAACGCAGCCAAGUUUGCGAAGGUGGCCAAACUGUCAACAUUUCUGAAGCAGGCAUUGAAGCGGGUCUGUUGUGAGCGAUGGAGGGAUGCAUGGUUCGUCUCCACAGUGUCCACUUCAGGGGUGCUUUCAGUGCUCAGCCCAUCAUAGUCAACUUCCACGAACUCUUCCAAACCAGAGAUGCUCCUACAAUUCUGCCUAUGGUAAAGAAUGAGGAUGUUCUGCGGGCUGUGGUGGCUCUAUUUGACACCUCCUUGCCUGAAAUCGGCCCCAGAGAUGUGCAUGAAACAGUACACUACCCUGGGAUACAUACUAUUAUUUUGUCACAAGACCAUGCAGAUGUUUUAGAGGACUAUAGAGGGAGAGCUUCCCAAAAGGGGACAAAUUUGAGCCCAGUACCCUGUAAAACAAAAGUGGAAGCUGAUUCCACACACAAGCUGCUGACUGAGCUAUACAGCGACUCUGAAGAGAGUACAGUGGAAACCUCAGAGGAGAUAAUAGCAACGGAGACAAGUAUCAGUUGGUCUUGGGAGCGAUUCUGUGAAGGCCUCCAGGAAUUUGUAGACGGAGCGAGGGAUAGGAAAGAAAAAAGAGCAGUACAACGAGAAGACGGAAAGAUUCCGCCAUCCGCCGUAGGAGUUGAAUCUUUGAUCAUGGCUGCUGCUUGCUACGAACUCAAGAUACUGUCUACAGGAGACAUGGUGCUUCAGCUGUCUCUUUUGGCUGUUAGGAAACGUUACCGGCACCUUGGGAUUGGCAGCUACAUAAUGGAGCUUUUGAAGACUCAGUCUAUAGUAGGGAAAUAUGAUACACUUGUUGCCCACGCUGACACUGAUGCAAAAGGUUUCUUCAAAUUCCACAGGCUCACCGAUGACCCUCUGCUGAAUGACCAGUUCAAGUACAGAUAAUGCAUCCCACAAUGC